AGCAAUCCGUCCAUUUUCUUUCUCCCCUCCAUCCAUCCCUCUGUUCUCCGAUUUUCUCUUUUUCUCUAUCAACUCAACUAUCGCAUGAUUUCGCUAUGAAGGCACAUCGCUCUUCAUCCCCUUCCCGGAUCCUCAAAGCCGCCUCGAUACCCAGAACCGCUACCUCAAGGUCUCGGUCAACUUCUCCAUCUGCCGCUUUCCGCAAGUUUGCAACUGCAGUCAGCAUCCCUUCCCCUCAGUACCUCUCCAUUCGCCCGCCCAACACCCCCGCAGCUCCAGCUGUUCCAUCACCACUGUUCACCUAUGGUAACACGUCACCCGUGAAUGAGGACCUCUUCCGUUAUACGUCAGGUCGAUGGCUCUACAAUGAGGCAGAACAAAUGGCUCAACGCUACGUCAAGUUCGAUGUGGCUGCGCUCCACCAAGUCAUCGCCUCCGCUACCGGUUCGCACGUGGUGUCGAUGGAAAAGAAGGAGGGCUUGUUCAAUAAGUCGUUCAUGGUCAAGCUUGCGAAUGGAAAGCAGGUUGCAGCGCGCAUCAAGAACCCCAUCGCCGGUCCUGCGCAUUUAAUGACCUCGAGUGAGGUCGCCUCGAUGGAUUUCGUCAGAAACCAUCUUGGAAUUCCAGCCCCCAAGGUGCUUGCAUGGAACUCUAAAGCGGAGUCCAGCCCGGUUGGGGCCGAGUACAUCAUCAUGGAGACCGCCAAGGGAGUGGAGCUUGGCAGCGUCUGGCGGACGAUGGACUCCAAGCAGAAGAAGAAUGUCGUCACAUCCCUCGCCGCGCUCGAGCAGAACAUGCUCAACGCCAAGUUCUCCCAGUAUGGCAGUCUCUACUACAAGAAUGAUCUCCCUGAGAUGAGUCGCGCCCGUGGCAAGCUCCUCGCGUCUGGCUCUCGCAGCUUCGGCAACACCGAGAAGUUCACAAUCGGGCCGAUUGCUUCCCGGAACUUCUACGAGGACGAGCGUGGGGCGAUGAACCUCAACCGUGGACCAUGGUCUACUCCCGAGGAGUACCUCAAUUCGCUUGCCCUUCGCGAGGAGGCAUGGAUUUCCAAAUUCGCCAAGCCCAACAUCCACGACGACCCUUUCCGCAACGUGUCCGGACCCCAGCAUCAGGAGGAGCACCUUCGUGCUCUUGAGCAGUACCGUUCCAUUGUUCCCGCUCUUGUACCCUCGUCCAAGAAAGUCCUUUCGUCGACUCUGUGGCACCCUGAUCUGAACCCCGGAAACGUUUUCGUCUCUGACGACGAGGAGCGCCGGGUCGUCGGUGUCAUUGACUGGCAAGGCUGCUGGGCUGGCCCUGCUUACCUCCAGAUGAGCGCUCCAUCCUUCCUGUACGCCGGUGACGUCGAUUCUGGCCUCGAGUUCCCCAAGCUCCCGGAGGGCUACGAGACCAUGAGCGCCGACGGGCAAUCUUUCGCUCGCGAGCACCACCGCGCCAAGAUGCUGUACAAGCUAUACGAGAUCAAGCAGUUGUACCCUUACAGGAUCGACCAGCGCGAGACGCGCACUAUGCCCGUGCGCGCGGCCGGCCGCACGUGGAAGGACGGUGUCCUCCCGCUCCGCCUCGCACUGCUCGAUGUCUUCGCGCAGUGGCACGAACUCUCAACACCGGACGUGCCGUGCCCUCUCCGCUUCACGCGCGACGAGGUCCGCCAGCUGAAGGAGCAGCGCGACCGCUACCUCGAUUGGCACGACCUACUCGAGGACAUGCGCGCGACGUUCGGCCUGCGCCUCUACGGAUGGGUCUCACCGGACGAGUACCCGUCCAAGCGCGCGCUGCUUGAGGGCACGCGGAGUCGCCUCCCAGUCUCGCUCACGAGCGAGCUCGAUGCCGUUUUGCCCGAGGACUGGUGGCCCUUCCGCGACACCGUUCCCUCGGCUAUCGCCAUGGCUGCGUAGACGGCGCUUCUUCUUAUUUGCUAAAUUUUGGGCCUCGUGGAUUUUUGGCACUAGACUUCUUUUCCUCCCUUGACUUAUUAUUUAUCCUAUCCUUCUUCCCUUGUCCGUCUUCCUCUGCCCGCAAUAUCACCCCACCAUCGUCACCCUCGCACCGCAUCGCCUUUCAACUCCAUCGGCACCGCCUCUUGUAAUCCUUGAACAACAUCGCCUUUAUCAUCCACACUCCAUCCUCAUCGUCAUCUUACACAUUCUGCGCAUGAUCUCUUUUUCUUCUCUUUCUUGAUCUCGAUUGUGUUGGGUGGCGGGGAUACGGACCAGCUUUUCUUUUUUCUUUCAUAUAUAGACGAAAUCACAUACUACGUACAUGCAUACGUAUACGUUAGAUCCAUGGAUAAUCCAGACACAAUUGUCGACAGCCAACUUGUAGAUCCCUAUAGAGUUUUUCUUCUUCACAUGCACAUACAACCCCCUUUUUUCCGCACCUUUUCUGAUGUCUGAUUAACUCCUCGUCUGCGGGAUUUUUGGUUAGAUUUGGGUCCUUGUUCACUGUAAAUAGCCUCCCCAUUUUUCUUUUAUCCCCCUCCUUUUCCAUAUCACUCUACC